GGCUCGGGCCUCGCUGUAGCAGGAGUGCUGCAGACUGCUUUCUGCGGCUCAAGAUGUGGCAGCGGGCGGUGCGCGGUGUCUUUGCCGGGUGGCUGCGCUCCUGUCGUCCCCCGGUGGGCCACCAUGGGAGCGCCCAGCAGCGGGAGAGCAGGAUGCUCAUUCGGGGUGCCCGCUACAGGAACACGCCCGGGAGGACGGGCAGACUGCUGGCCGCGCUAACAGGGGCCUUCCUGUGGGAAGAAGAGCGGGUGAGAGAGGAGGAGAUCCUGAGGCCCGCUGAGGAGAUGGAGAAGGUGCGGUUUGCAGCCCACAGAUCUCAGUAUCAAAGUUCACAGUGUGAGGAGGAUGACGGCUGGGAACUGGUCCUGGAUAAAAAAGACUUCAGGUUGUGGCGGCGGCCUAUAGGAGGGACCCAUCUGUAUCAGUACAGAGUAUUUGGCUCGUAUAACGAUGUGACCCCUCGUCAGUUCUUUAAUGUGCAGUUAGACACAGAGUACCGCAAGAAAUGGGAUGCGUUGGUGAUUAAACUGGAAGUGAUUGAGAGAGAUGUAUUCUCUGGAUCAGAAGUCAUUCACUGGGUCACUCAUUUCCCUUAUCCUAUGUACUCCCGGGACUAUUUGUAUGUCAGGAAGUAUCACGUGGACCAGGAGAAUAACCUCAUGGUGUUGGUCUCUCGAGCAGUGGAGCACCCGGAGGUACCAGAGGCUGCUGACUAUGUACGAGUGAGGAACUACCAGUCUCAGAUGGUCAUCAGACCUCACACAACAUUUGAUGAGAAUGGCUUUGAUUAUAUGUUGACAUAUAGUGACAACCCACAGACUGUGUUUCCUCGCUAUUGUGUCAAUUGGAUGGUAUCCAGUGGGAUGCCAGAUUUCCUGGAGAAGCUUCACUUGGCAACAGUCCAUGCCAGAAACAUGGAGAUCAAAGUGCGAGAUUACAUAUCCACCCGUCCUCAGGACUGCAGCAAUGAAGGGCGAGGCAGUCCUGAGCGGAAACCUGCAGCUGCACACAGUCCGUCACAAAUGGAUUACGCAUAAUAGGAGUACUAGACACCCACGUUACUCCCACAGACUUGCAUGAGGGGCGAGAGCUGCUCGGACAAUGAGCGUGAAGGCCAGCUGUGCCUG